UUUUCAACACUAGCCCCCAGCUGUUAUUUAUCCCCAUCAAGAGCAAGAAGAAGAAGAGCCCCAAAGAAGAAGAAGAAAGGUUAUGAAAACACGAGCCGCUCCAAAAUGCUGAGAAAAUCGCUUGGAAAUCUGCCCCGCGUUGGUCAACUCUGCGGCCUGCCGCGUCGCCUGCAGAGCACACAGCCAGAGCAAAAGGAGCCGGAAGACAUUGCCGUGAUCGAACAGAGGAUUCUGAAGCAUCCGGACUAUUUUCAGGUGCACAACCUGUUUACCGUGCGCGACCUUUUCAAUGCCCGAGUGCACUAUGGCCACAAGGAGGGCUCCCUGGACGACCGCAUGCGUCCGUACCUUUUUGGCAGCCGGCUGGGACAUCUGAUCUUUGAUUUGGACAAGACGGCAUCACACCUGAGGGAUGCCUUGAACUUUGCUGCCCACAUAGCCUUCCGGGAUGGCAUCAUACUCUUCUUCAAUCGCAACGCAUUGAACGCCCAUCUCGUAGAGCAAAAGGCCCAAGAAGCGGGUGAAUUCUCACACACACGCUUCUGGCGUGGAGGCAUCUUUACCAAUGCCAAUGUCCAAUUCGAUGCCGUUACCCGGCUGCCCGAUCUCUGCAUCUUCUUGAACACGCAGAACAACGUGAUGGCCCAGCACACGGCGGUGAGGGAUGCGGCAAAGAUGGCCAUUCCCACAAUUGGAAUUGUGGACACCAAUUGUAACCCGAACUUGAUCACGUAUCCAGUGCCCGGUAACGAUGACUCUCCGGCAGCUGUGGAGUUGUACUGUGACCUCUUCAAGGAGGCUAUACUUAGGGGAAAGCGUGAGCGUCGUCAGCUCCUUGGACUACCGCCCCUCGACGAAACGCUGCCCAGACGCAGCCGUAAACCCAAGAAAUAGCCUUAAGUAGUAUGUUGAUUUUGUUACAUUUUUUAACUUCCGCUGAAUACAAAUGCCGAAUGCCCUUCGGUUCAAAA